AUGAUCAAUGUUGAAACAACAAAGACUUAUGAUGUUAUCGAGUUCUAUGUAGUGGACAAAAAGCACUGUGGUUCGCUGCUUGGCUGUCAAUCAGCUACAAAGCUCUCCUUACUGAAGGUGGUUCGACAAGUUCAAGUUGGCAAUGUGGGGGACGAGUUUCCUGAACUGUUUAGAGGCACAGGAAAGCUUAACAAUAGACGUGCAAAGCUCCACAUAAAUAGUGCUGUCCCUCCAGUAGCACAACGACACAGAAGGACUUCAUUUCACCUCAGAGAUAAAGUCAAAAAUGAGAUCGACAAAUUACUCGCGGAGGAUAUAAUAGAGAAAGUAGAGGGUGUUCCUACACCAUGGGUAUCGCCCAUUGUCACUCCGCCAAAGGAAAAACCCUGA